AUGUCAAUCUUCCUCUGUUUCCUCUUCCUCUUUCCCCUAAUCUUGAUCCUCUUGCAAAAUUUUAAACCCUCUAAAUGGAAUCUUCCUCCGGGCCCACUAAAGCUUCCCAUCAUCGGAAACUUACACCAACGCCGAGAGCUACAUCCAAGGAACCGUCGGAACCUCACGCAAAAGUAUGGCCCAGUGGUGCUUCUCCGCUUCGGAUUCGUCCCCGUGGUCGUGAUCUCAUCUAGAGACGCAGCAGAGGAAGUGCUCAAGACCCAUGACCUAGAGUGUUGUACCCGACCAGAGACUGUCGGGACCAGGACAAUCUCUUACAACUGCAAAGGCAUAGGGUUCAUGCCUUACGGUGAGGAGUGGAAGGCGUUGAGAAAGCUCGCUGUUAUCGAGCUCUUCAGCACGAAGAAGCUACAGUCUUUUAGGUAUAUCAGAGAGGAAGAGAGUGACUUGUUAGUCAAGAAAAUAUCUGAAUCUGCUUCGAACCAAUCUCUAGUGAAUUUGAACAAAACCCUUUUCACCUUUGUCGCUAGUAUAAUCUGUAGGCUAGGGUUCAGGUUGAAUCUUCAAGACUGUGAGUUCAUAGAUGAAGAUAGCAUCGCAGAGUUUGUGCAAAAGUGUGAAUCCGUCACGAGGACGUCUAUGUUCUCUGACUUCUUCCCUGGAAGAUUCGGUAGAUUCAUCGAUAGAAUCUCUAGUCAGAACAAGAGACUAGAGAGUAUAUUCUCUGAAGUUGACAGUUUCCUUCAGAAUAUUCUUGAUCAUCAUCUUAAGCCUGGAAGAAGUGUUGGAGAGAGCUCUGAUAUUAUAGACGCCAUGAUCAAGAUGAUGAGGAAUCAAGACGAAGAUGGAGACUCUUUCAAGCCGACCACAGAUAAUCUCAAAGGAAUGAUAUCGGACAUAUUUAUAGCAGGAGUUAACACAAGCGCCUCCACAAUGAUAUGGGCAAUGACUGAGCUCAUCAGAAACCCUAGAGUGAUGAAGAAAGUCCAAGACGAGAUUCGGACAACACUCGGAAACAAAAAAGAGAGAAUCACAGAACAAGAUGUUACCAAACUUCAUUACUUCAAGCUAGUGGUUAAAGAGACAUUGAGGUUACACCCAGCAGCUCCACUUUUGCUUCCAAGAGAGACACUGACUCACAUCAAGAUCCAAGGCUAUGAUAUUCCCGCAAAAACUAAGAUCUUGAUCAACGCUUACGCGAUUGCACGUGAUCCAGAACUUUGGACAAAUCCAGAUGAGUUUAACCCUGACAGGUUUCUUGAUAGUUCUGUAGAUUACAAGGGAUUGAACUUUGAGCUUUUACCGUUUGGUUCUGGUAGGAGAAUUUGUCCAGGGAUGGCAUUGGGGGUUGCCAUGGUUGAAUUGGGAUUGUUGAACUUGCUUUACUUCUUUGACUGGGGGUUGCCUGAGAAUGAAGAAGCCGACAAGAUCAUUACCGGAAAUGAAGUUGCUCUUGACCUCUUUCAAGUUCUUCACCACUAAAAUGUGUUUUUUUUUUUAUAUUUGUAACAACUUAAUAUUGGUUACUGAAUGUUUUCAUUAGUGUUUCAAAAAAAAAAAUGUUUCAUUAAGAAUCAUAGGGUCUAUUAUUCUUAAUCAGUUGUAAGUCUUCUAUUAUGGUUAAGUC